ACUUACUGUCAGCACACAGUGACCGAGUGAGUGAGGAAGGAGGAGAACGCUCUUGUCUUUCACUGUAUCACUCAGUGCUUGUGCGCGAGAGGAAAAAGGGUUUCUCAGGGCUUUGGGUUUGGACAAGUGAUACUAAGGGUGCGUGGAAGCUGUUUAAGAAGAAAUAUUGAGAAUGCCAAUGUGAACACCUGCGGAAAUUACUUAAGCUACAAUGUCGUCCCACGUCAAACUGAGGAGAGGAGUGGGGACAGCGGACUAUGAUACACAAAUGAAAGAGGUGCGUUUGCAGCUGGCGGAGCAGUUGAGGAUAUUUGACGGUCAGGUGGAGCAGAAGACUCAGGUGUUCCAAGAUCUGAUGGAUUUUUUUCGCAGACGAGGCGAGAUUGAGGGGGAGUACGCCCGCUCCCUGGACAAACUGAGUGACAGGUUCUCCUCCAGAACCAGAAAGAAGGAGCCCAGCCAUCAGUCUGUGGUUAAUUGCUGGCAGGUGCUGUUGAUGCAAACACGUCAGGAAAGCAAAGAUCACAGUUUCUUGAGCGACAGCUACAGCAACACUCUGCCUCAGCAGCUUUCACACUGUGUUGAACAUGCCCAACGCCUGGCCAAACGGAGCAGAGACAUUUACACCCAGUUACAGGAUGGACUUCUGAAGGUCACUGCAGAACUGCAUACUGCCUUGAAGACAUAUUACCAAUACUACACCGAGUUCUUGUCUGCAGAAAGCAAACUAAAGGAGGCAGUCAAACUGGAGGAAAAGCUCAAGCAAAGUGCUUCUAAAAAGAUGGAAAGACAAAUAGAGAAAAGGCAAAGUAAAGUUCAGGAGAUUCAGCUGAAGUGCACGAAAGCACGCAAUGACUACCUCCUCAACUUGGCUGCGGCAAAUGCAUGCAUGAAUAAAUACUACCUUCAGGAUCUCUCCACUCUCAUAGACUGCUGUGAUCUGGGUUACCACCAGUCCAUAUCCAAGGUGUUUCGUUUUUACCUGGCCAGUCAACAAUGGGCCCAGCGGAACUUGAGCGCUGGGAUGCAGCAGCUGGACACAACCGUGUCAGAACUGAGCCAGAACCAGGACAGAGACGCUCUCAUGCAGGCCAACAUCUCUGCCUUUUGCCUGCCCCUCCGCUUUCAGUACCAACCCUACGAAGGCGACCAGGCGGUAGAGGUGUCAGCAAAGUGUGAAAUGAUGGGAGAGCUGGUAACUCGCUUCCAGCAGCUGCAGUCUAGGCUGUCUUCUGUCACCACAGAUGUUGAGGAGUCUGGCAAAUUACUUCAGUCAGCUCAGUCUUCCAUGUUGGAUGGUAUUGUCGAGGACACCUUUGGAUCUACUCCAGACUUUCCUAGUUGCUCAUCAUUACCAGAUGGGAGCAGUGAUAUAUCAGUCAGUAAGACCCAUCAGCUGAAACGUAGAGCCAGCCUUCCGGACACUGAGACUUUGUACUUCUCGAAAGUCAGGGACCAUCUGUGUAACAGCUCUUUAAUAUCAAAACUGGAGGCCAAACAUGACCUGCUAAAGGUUGCCAUUCAGAAAGCUGAAAGUGUUGCCAGUAACCAUUCCAGGACACGCUCCAGAAGAUCUGUGCGCCACAAAAAAAGUUACCCUGGUUCACAGAUCAGCCAGAAGCUUUUCAAUGGGGAUCUACCAUCAUACAUCCAAGCAUCGGGACAGCUCAUUCCUUCAGUGGUGGAGAGCUGCAUUCGCUUCAUCAACCUCAAUGGUUUACAUCACGAGGGAUUGUUCAGAGUGCCGGGAUCUCAGAUGGUGGUAAAUCGGCUGAAGGAUGCGUUUGAGAAAGGAGAUGACCCACUCGAUGAUGGGGGGUGUGACAUGGACUCUGUGGCUGGAGUGCUGAAGCUUUAUUUUAGAGGACUAGAGAAACCUCUGUUUCCUGAGGACAGUUAUGAGCAGCUGAUGGAAUGUGGGCAAAUCGAUGAUGAGACAAAAAAAGUUUCACAGCUAAAGUUUGUCAUCUCCUCGUAUCCUACCUCGCUCAUCAUUGUCAUGAGAUAUCUUUUUGCAUUCCUUCACCAUGUCUCCCAGUACAGUGACGAGAAUAUGAUGCAGCCCUAUAACCUGGCGGUGUGCUUUGGUCCCAGUCUGGUGAGGGGGCCAAACAACGGCGAUGCGGCAGAGCUUCUGCGCAUUAACUCACUGGUCAAGAGCAUCAUUACUCAGCACGAGAGCAUCUUCCCCAGCCAGAAUGAACUGCCUGGGCCAGUGUAUGAAAAGUGCAUGACAUUAGAAGACGACGACUGUGAGGCCGUAGCAGAGGAAGGAGAUGGAGAAUCGGAGCAAUUGCAAAUGAAAGAAGCUAAAGAUGAGUUGCAGGGAGUAGCCUUGUUCGACUACGUAGGCCGUUCUUCAGCUGAGCUGUCAUUUAAACAGGGAGACCGUUUCAUCCUACAUACCAAAGCCUCUUCUGAUUGGUGGAGAGGGGAGGUGAAUGGGACAAAGGGCCUCAUCCCAAAUAAAUAUAUCAGUGUGUCAUGCAUGGAUGGAGGCCAAGAUCAGAAGGGGAAGGAAACGUUGAAAUCCAGCAUGGGCAGACAGCAGACAGAAGAAGAGCAGAAAGCAGAGCAAAAUACGCGGCUCAAGGUCACAAAUGACAAAGUUGGGCCAAGUCAUGUUACUUCCGGAAAGGUUACAUUACAAAUACCCACAGGACAAUAUGUACAGCAAGGAAAUUCUCCAGGAGCUCUGCGGAAAACAGUAGACCCUCAAAUGAGACGAUCCACUGCCGAUGGAGGAAGCGGAGAGGAAUACUCAACAGAAGUGGAUAAGGAUGUUCAUAACAUGAUGCACUCAGUGUUUAAGGAGCUCCUCUUCCGCCAAUCUUGCCCGGAUCCAAGCACAUCUACAUCCCCAGAGAUCCCCUCCUCUGUGCAAACGCCUUCAAACAAAGGACCAGCAUGGAAAGGAAAGGGUUUAUUUAGAUCAGCUGACAAUACAGACUGAACAAAAACUGUGUAACUAAAGUCAGAAACACAAGAAACAUUAGGUGAAACAUCAGCUCUGUUUAUGGUAGGCCUAUUUUUGUACAGUUUAAAUGGGUUUAAGAGGCACUUUUAAAUUAAUGUUUGUUUGUUUUUUUAUUUAAAUGUGUGUAGCAGUAGUAUUAGGUUGCCAUUUUCAUUUUCUUAAGACACUUUGUUAGAACAAAGGGUUGUUGUUGUUGUUUUUAUUAUUUUUUACAUUUUUAAUUUAUAAUGUGAAAACUGCGAAAAAUUAUAAUGCCACACCUACAACCCUAAAAAAUAAAACUAACAUUCCUGAGA